AUGAGCAGUGCUCGAAAAGAAAGAGACAGAGAUACACAAAACCGCCUUGUAAGCGAAGUACAUCUACCAAUUACAAAAGCUACCACCACCGACACGACACCGCCGCAAUCACCAAUUCGUGAGGUGGCUUUCGAUCCACAUAUUGGCCAAGAAGGCAUAACUUUUUCCGCAGAAUUUGACAUUGCGCUCCCGACCGACCGAAAAUAUCAUCUAGAAUUAGCGUUCGGACAUCAGAAAGUGUUAUCGCAGCAAUUUGCACUGAUACUAAGCAUCGUCUUACGACCGUGGUGUCACCAUUUGCAUGUACUAAAAGUUAUGUCAGCGGAAGAAUCUCCUUCGGAUUUCUCACCGGCUUUAAUUCCUCCCACAAAAGCUCAACAAUUGCUCUCGUCAAAUUCUCCUCAUGAACGCUUGAAUAUAGAAUCGUCGCAUGAAUGUCCAUUUUCGACCCAUUUUACCGAUCAAGAACAGUUUAACUCUGAAGAGCAUAACCCGAAAUACGAGAUUCCGACAGAAGUCACACCCAUAGUUGGACCAUCUUGUACAACUAUCUCACAAUGGCCAUUUUUUCCCUACAUGCCACUACAGAUGCCAUGGGCAUUACGUCCGUCAACGACACUCAAAGAUCCGCCGGUGGUCCCUUCAUCAACUCCACCAGCAGACUCGUCUGAUGAUGCGGCGAUGGCGUUACCCGACAAAAAAUCCAUGGUAGAAAUGUUACGAAACGCAAAACUGGCCAUUCAAGGAGAUCUCAACACAAUACAUGAAGAUCGUACGCCAAACGCGAUUAUCGUUUCGUGUAUUUGGUGGAAAGCCAAAAAUGAGUAUUACAUCACUUCAGUUGAUUGUGUUUCACUUUUGGAAGCGUUGCUUGCAGUGCGUUUCACUGUCGAGGAGAAGAACCGGAUCCGUCGAAAUUUAGAAGGGUUUAAGCCGUUGACUGUUGGGAAAAACUCGAAGGAUAGUGAUGAUUUGUUUCGAUUGAUUAUGGGAUUCUCGAAUCCGAAACCGAGAAAUAUCGAAAAGAAUGUCAAGGUGUUUCUGUGGAAACAUUUGGCCAAUGCACUUCAUAAAAUUUGUGCGAGUAUGACGAAUGACGACGAAGAGCAAAUUGAUAAUGGCGGUGAAGAUAUUGAUAAUAGUAUCGAUUUAUCGUCAUCUUCGGCUAAUAAAUUAAGCGCGAUUACACCAAAUCAAGAAGCCGGAUUAUUGGAGUCU